AUGAAUCAGGAGAUGGAUCAGCUGUUUUUAAUCAUCUACCUGUUAACACUGUUGGGUAACUCCACAAUCAUUGUAGCAAUAUUUAUUGACCCCCCCCCACUCCACACCCCUAUGUACUUCUUCCUCAGCAACCUGGCAUUGGUGGACAUCUGCUACACCUCUUGCACUGUGCCCAAGAUGUUGUCCAACUUCAUUGCUGAAAGCAGAAAGAUCUUAUCUGGUGGCUGCAUGGCACAGCUGUAUUUCUUUGUGUCUUUGUUGGCCACUGAUUGCUUUCUGCUCAAAGUCAUGGCUUAUGACCUCGAUCGGUACGUAGCCAUCUAUAAACCACUGCAAUACUUGACUAUCAUGAACCAAGGUGUAUGUGUGGGGUUGGUGUCACUGGCAUGGCUGCGUGGAUUUGCUCACUCUUUUGUUCAGAUUGAACUGAUUCUCCAGUUACCAUUCUGUGGACUUAAUAUCCUAGACAAUUUCUACUGUGAUGUCCCACAAAUCAUCAAACUGGCCUGCACUGACACCUACUUGAUUGAACUAUUGAUGGUCUUCAAUGGUGGGCUGCUUCUCAUAAUAGUCUUCGUCUUUCUACUCACUUCAUACACCGUCAUCUUAGUCAAGAUAAGGACACAUGACACGGAGGGGAAGCACAAGUCUUUGGCCACUUGUGGAACGCAGAUCACAGUUGCGAGCUUAAUAUUCAUUCCUGGCAUCUUCAUCUAUGCUCGGCCCUUCCGGAAAUUCCCCAUGGAUAAGUUGGUCUCAGUCCUGUACACUCUAAUCACCCCAAUGCUGAAUCCAAUGAUCUACACGCUGAGAAAUGCCGAGAUGAAAAAGUCCAUCAGGAGACUGAUUAGGAGAAUGCUGUUACCAGGGAGGAAAAGAGAGGCAUGA